AUGAAAUCAUUCCUAGGAGCAUAUGAUGGGUUUUUUUCUGGUCCACCAAAUUCUUUUUUAGACUAUUUGGUGUCAUUCCAUAGUAUCCCUAUUACCGCAUCUUUAAUUCUAGCCUUACUACUAUGCAUUCGUGGAGGUUUACUAUUUUGGUCUAUUUUAAUGAUCAUUCUUGGAAUUCUUGUAACGGCUGUCUUCUUUACAAUAUUGCCUCUUCCUAUUAUUGGACCUAUUGGCGGUCAUUAUCAUGUUGGUUUGGUCCACUUGGAUGGUAAUCGCUCUCAGUCUCUUCCACCAUUAGCCAUUUUUUAUCCCACUAAUACUCCUCCGCAGAAGAGGGGUGCACCAUAUGUUCCUUUUAAUGAUCCUAUCUAUUUAAGUGGAAUGGCCUCAUAUGGAAAAGUACCACUUUACGUAAUGAAAGAUUUGUUAUUUGUACGACUGAAAGUUUCACCAGAUGCUCCACCUAUUCCACUGAAUGAUUUAAAAACACCACCACCCAUUAUUGUUUUUAGUCAUGGUCUCAGUGGGCAUUAUCAAUUCUAUGGUUGUUUAUGUGCGGAUCUUGCCGCUCGAGGGGCUAUUGUGAUAAGUAUUGGGCACUGUGAUGGUAGUGCCUCCUUUACACGAAUUGUUCAAGGUGAUAAGAGUGAAGGAAAUGAUGUUCCUUUUAAACAUCUUGGAUGGGAAGUACCUGUGCGAGAAGCUCAACUCACUCAACGUGUACGCGAAUUACGACAUACAUUAAAUCGAAUAAAAGAGAUGGACUUUUGGAAAGAAAUUGGAUAUGAGGAGUUAGAUAUACAAAAGUAUCUGAAGGAACCAUUACAACUUCAUCUCUCUGGACAUUCCUUUGGUGGAGCCACCGCACUUGCAGCGGCUUUACAAGAAGAACAAGUACCGGGUAAGAAAUCAGUGAAAAGUGUUAUUGUAUUUGACCCAUGGCACCUGCCUUUACAGAAUGAACACUUCUUUCAACCAAUAGCAGAAGGUAAAAUGCGAUAUACAACACCAACUUAUAUGGUAUUCUCAGAGAAUUGGUCAAAGGAUAAGGAAAUUUGGGAUUUUUUUCAACGAGUUACAUCUGCUGUACUGGGUCAAACUUUUUUUGCUUCUUUUACGGAAGAAUUAAAACAUUCUUUCUUUUUUACGGAAAAAACACCUGAUACAAAUCAUUACUUUGUAUCUGAUCUUUGUGUGUUAAGUCCUGUUAUGCACGGUAAAUUGAAUGCAGUUGUUCCUUCAAGAGCACGUAUUGUGGAAUGUUCUAACACUCUUAUACGUGUUGCUAAACAAUACAUGGAUCAAACGAAUUCAUAA